CGCUGUCAUGACUCAGUAGUGUUCACUAUCGCUGCUGCAGACAGAUCGAAUCGCUCGAGCUCAGACGCAACAUAAACAAUGUUUACAAACCACACCAGCGCUGUGUAAUGGAUAUAAAGAUGUCUCAGACUUCACAUAGAGUUAUAUAAGCUCAGCCAUGGACAUGUUUAAUAAAGUGACGGCCUUUCUGCAGCAGGCCUUGGAAACAAGGGAGCCUUCGAUAAACCUGCUGGACUCUUUUGUGAAUCACUGGAAAGCAAUAACCAACUAUUACAUAGAAACAACAGAUGAGUCUCGUCCGGUGAAGCAGACAGACAUCCCAUGGUGCCUCAGACAGAUGCUGGACAUCCUGGUGUAUGAGGAGAAACAGCAAGGAGAGGAAACGGGUCCCUGCAUGGAGUACCUGCUCCAGCACAAACUACUAGAGACGCUUUGCACGCUGGGAAAAGCACAGUAUCCUCCUGGCAUGAGUCAACAAGUGAUGAUGUUCUUCUCUAAAGUCCUGAGCCAGAUUCAGAAACCUGUGCUGCAUUUAAUCAACGUCUAUCGGCCCGUGCAGAAACUGAUUAAUUUAUGUGGACUCCCUGAUUCAAAGACUGAAACAGAGGAGUCUCAGUUUUUAUUUUUUUUGUUUUGAUUUUUGUAAUAGAGUAAGAUUAUGUCCUUAUGUCCUCAAUUGUGUUAUUUUGUUAAUUUUGUGUUGGCUAUUACCAAAGACUCUCAGAAGAGGUGCAGCUCUACCUCAGACGAGGCUUUGGAGGAGGGCUGCAGUGGAGCCUCCAGUCCUGAGAGGGCUCCCUCUCCACCGUCUCCCUCUUCCAGUGCUGCCUCCUCCUGUUCGGCCCGGAGCGGAGCUCAUCCCUCCGGCUCACCUCAGACAGCCACAGGCAUUAUCCCUGUACUCAUGCACCUGGGGAAAAGUCGGAAAAGUCGUGUUGCGCUCCGAUCCAUGGAGAGUUUGCUGCUGCUGGUCAGUUUACCACAGGAGGACACGGGACAUCUGCUGGCUGAGGGAACGCCACUGUGUCACCUACUCGCUCAGAGACUGACUGAACUUUACUGCCUCAUACCCUCAUCACUCAGCCCUGCAGACAUUCACAGCUACUCCGGCGCUCAGUGGAGGGAUCAUUUCACACAGGACAGUCCAGAGGAGAGCCAGUUGUUUCCUGGCAGUGAGAACCUCCAGGGGUUCUUCUGUUUUUUGGACUACUGCAAUGAGCUCACCAAGGAAGCACCAAGGGUACUUGGUGUUAAAAUGGCCAGAGCAAUUCACCUUCAGUGGCUUAAAGGAGUCGUUCAGCCUCAUCUGCUUCAGAUGUCAGAGGCUGGGAUCCUGGUACACACUGCAUUGCUGUCCUGUUCUGUACGUCACAUACACUCUCCUGCACUCCUGGAGGAACUGGUCCAGUUUCUGCUGGGCAGCGACACACAUUGCGAAAAGCAACAGGACACACAGACACACAUUCUACGUUACCGCCUUAUUGAACACUGCAACCACAUCUCAGACGAGAUCAGCAUCACAACCUUGCGUCUCUUUGAGGAGCUUCUACAGAAGCCCAGCAAGAGCAUCUUGACCAAUCUGGUGCUGCGUAACCUUGAGAAGCGCAGCUACAGGCUGCCCGGGUCAGGGGUCAUGGACGAGAGACAUGGAGUUGAGAGUGAUGUUCUGGAAGAGUCUGAGGAGCUGGAAGAGGAUCCCUUCUUCACAGACAUGUAUGAAGACAGUGGGUUCGGCAGCCAGGAGCCUCUUCUGUCUCUGCCCAGUGCCAGAGAGAGACAUAAUCCCAGAGCGCACACACAAGUUGCAGACAUCGUCAACAGCUUCUUGUGUCUAGUGCCCCAAGAGACAAAAACAUCGCAUCUGGUGCAGGGAGCAGGAUAUGACACAUACGUUCAUGAUGCACACAAACUGUUAAAAGAAUGUAUUGCUCUUUCACGGGACUGGAACUGGACAGAUUCUGUCAAAACCACUGAAACCCACCCAGCUACAGACUUCUAUGAAGGGCACUUCUUACAAAUCCUGUUCGACAGGAUUGCACGCAUACUAGAGCAGCCGUAUGAGCUGAAUCUGCAGGUGACGUCAGUUCUGUCCAGAUUAGCUGUGUUUCCUCACCCUCACCUGCACGAAUACCUGCUGGACCCAUACAUCAGCCUGAGCCCUGGAGCGCGAUCCCUCUUCUCCACAUUAGUCAGGGUGAUCGGGGAGUUAAUGCAGAGGAUCCAACACAUCCACAAUGUGACAGACAAACUGAUGAUGAUCAGGAGACAGCUGAUGGGACUGGAGGAGGAGACUUUGUUGGAUCAUGUGACCCUGCUGAAGGGUGUGAUAGUUCUGGAGGAGUUCUGCAAGGAGCUGGCGGCCAUAGCAUUUGUCAAACUACCCAUAGAAGAGCAGUGAACACAUGAUGCUGAAGCCAAAGACAAUACAAAGGAUCAGCACCCAACAUCUGUUGAAUGACUCCAUCACUGGGAGAAAAUGGAUUUGCACAGAACUGAGUUAAGUGGCAAUAUUUACAGAUAAACAGGUCACUUUUGUUUAAUGUUGUCAGGGACGAGUCAGACUGGUUCUACAGGAUUUCACAAUGACUGUGUGAUGUACGAAGUCUUUUAUUCUCCACAGCUGCACAUCUUGCUAAAUGAUUACAUUUCACUUUAGAUGGAAGCAAUAGAAAACUUAUUUGUCUCUUGCACAAUAUUUAAGUUUUUUACUAUGUACUAUAUUUUAUAGAGAUUUUAGGUCCAGUCAGUCAGUUCUCUUUGACUAUUAUGGUCAGUUACACCUGUUAAUGUUUUUUCAUUCAGAUAUGCAAAUCAAAUCCUGAUCUCAGAUCAGAAUUCAUACACUAUGGAUUUUAAGCCACUGCACAUCCCCUCUUCAACUAUUCUUUUUGAAAUAUUAACUGGACUUGUUUAAGUAUAUCAUUAUGGUGUGUGAAGUAAUUUUAUUUAUCUUUAAUCUACUUUUGUAAAGCCUGUGGAUAAUCAAGUGUUGUUUUAUUUUUCGGUAUGUUAUAUGGCUGAAUCAAGGGCCAGAUAGGUACACAGAUUUGUUUAGUUUGUGUGGUUGUGAUUUGCCAUUGGCCGGUACUCACAACAUAUCCUUAUUUCCUAUAGAGGUCUGACGACUGUACGCAGUACAUGCUUAUUUCUGUUGUCACAGCAAUAAACUCCUAAAAUAUUCAUGCAGAUUUCAUACA